AUGCCAGGCGAUGCUGUCACAGACUGGCUGUCCUUUGACGCCCAACAGCCCAAGAAGCGUCGAGCCGAGCUGGUGUGCUUCGGCUGCCACAAUAAGAAGAUCAAAUGCGACCUUCAGGUUCGCAAACGACACGGCCACGACAACUGCACCCAUUGCGCCACGGCAGACAAGCAAUGCCAGACGCGGCCGUCGAAAAGGAUCAAGCGACGCCAUGCCGCACCUGUGACGCCGGCACACAAGUCCCCGAAGCCGCCAACGCCGAGUGUCCCUCCCAUUGUCGAGAUGCCGGAGGAGGUGCCCCAGGUGCCCCAGGUGCCCCAGGUGCCAGAAGAUGGCCAUCAUCAUCGCCUCGACGACCUGGCUACCGCCGCCAGUCUACCCAUCUUCGACACCAUCCAUGUUUCGCCGCCAAAUCCAGAUGUCGCAGCAACAGACCCUGGCCAUCGCGAGACGAGUGUUCACCUGCCGAGGAGGACCUCCACCCACCACUUCUUCGCGCAGUCGCAGCAGGUCCUGUCUCCGUCACAACGCUCAGCGGCCAGCACCACGCGCAGUGACGCUCUGGCCCAGAGCCAGAGCCAGACGGGCGACGUCGAUACCGGCUUCCUCCAAGUCUUCGGGCCCGAAAACCAGCACGAUGCCGAGAAGCAGGCCAUCGAGGCCUCUUUUGAGCCGAAAGCCGGCUUUCCGAGCCUGCAACAGCAGGAUCUCCAGGAAAGCUUCAUCGACACGUACUGGGAGUAUUGCUACACCUGGUGCCCCGUCCUGGAUCGCGAAUGUCUCCCAGAAGAGAUGGCCCAAUCCCCUCUGCUUGCCAAUGCCCUCGCGACGGCCGCCAGCCAUGUCCAGCCGCCGUUGCUCCCACACGAGGGCCCUGCCGAGUAUUACCGGAGGGCCAAAGCGCUGUUCUACGACGACGAGGAGCUCGACGGCAUCACCAGCAUCAAGUCGAUCGCCCUGUUCUACUGGUGGGCGCCGCGACCCCCUACCGUCACGCACCGCCACUCGUCUUGGUGGUGGACAUCGGUGCUCAUCCGACACGCCCAGCAGAUGAACAUUCACCGCGAGCCAAGCGCAUCCCAAACCACAUUAUCGGCGCAAGACAUGAGCCUCCGGCGUAGGAUCUGGUGGACUGCUUUUGCCCGAGAACGACUGACGGCUCUCUGCCAGAGCAAGCCCGCCAUCAUCGACCCUCGCGACUGCACAAUACGCGAGGCCACGUUGGAAGACUUCCCGAGCGACCCGCAGAGUCAGCGCAAAGGCGAAAUCUUCAUCCACUGGGUACGCCUUUGCGCCAUCAUGGGCCGCAUCGCCAAGAGCUUGUCUCGAUCCGGCGGCAUCUCGACACCCAGCGUGCUCGAAAACCACCGACAAGAGCUCGUCAACUGGGUCAACUCCUUGCCGCCUCAUCUCCAACUCCCCAUCGGAGCAGCGAGGACGUAUGCUUUCGACAAAGACGUGCAUCAGCUUCACCUGCCCUAUCUCACCACCAUCAUCAUUCUCUACAUGAAACGGUCGGCACAGACCAUUCCGGAGGCCCUGCCACCCGCCAUCCUGGCCGCAUCGUGCAUCGUUCGCAUCCUCAAAGACAUUUUGAAUCGAGGCAAUGUGCGGUUCUUGAUGGCCAUCACAUGUUGGUACACAGGCACGGCAUUCAUCGCGCUGCAACAGGCCCGCUCCAUCGAGCACUUGGCCCGAGACGCCGACGAAGGCCUCGACGUCCUCGUGCGGACAGCAGACCAGCUCCAGAAGAUGUGGGCUUCCGCCAACGUCAUCCGCCAGGGCUUCCAGCGCAUGCUCAACGUGUCGAAUCUCUCUGUGAAGCAGGGCAUGCCAAGGCAGGCACCCGAUCUGACUGCGCCGGUGCAGGCCGUCGGUACUGCUGACUCUCACGCCAACUUCAUUGGCGUUGACGCCUUGCACGGGCCCGAGUCCACCGAGGCGAUCCCCGAAUACUUUGGCGACUUUGACUGGACGGCUCUGUUUCCGUUUGUCACGCGCGAGACGAGCAGCAUUGCUGACAGUCUGCUGAAGAAUAAGGCCGAGGGCAACGAGACGAGGGGGUUUCCCUCGCCGACGAACUUCCUGUUCCAUGACUCUCUGAUGAUACAGUAUGAUGACCUGUUUGAUACGGCAGCGGAUUUUGGGAUGAACUUUACGAUGCCGCAGUAG